GCCGCUGUUGUUGUUGUUGUGACAGGCCCGGCCGCCCGGCACGAGCUCCCGCCGCUCGCACACGGGCUCUGCCGCCGCCGUCAGCCUCGCCAUGAAGUGGAUGUUCAAGGAGGACCACGCGCUGGAGCACAGAUGUGUCGAGUCCGCAAAAAUCCGAGCCAAAUACCCUGACCGUGUCCCGGUCAUAGUGGAGAAGGUCUCAGGAUCUCAGAUUGUUGAUAUUGACAAGAGGAAGUAUUUAGUUCCAUCUGACAUCACUGUGGCCCAGUUCAUGUGGAUCAUCAGGAAGAGGAUUCAACUGCCAUCUGAGAAAGCAAUAUUCCUGUUUGUAGACAAGACUGUCCCUCAAUCCAGCUUAACUAUGGGACAACUUUAUGAGAAGGAGAAGGAUGAGGAUGGAUUCCUGUAUGUUGCCUACAGUGGAGAGAACACAUUUGGUUUUUGAAUCCUAGAUCUUGGCUACUACACCAUCCUGCUGUGUAUCUUGUAAAUAGCUAAUCAUCUUCUGUAACGGCAUCCACAGAUGUUCCUUCUAUAUACAUGCAUUGGUAAUUGGAUUUAUUUCCUAAUAUACCAAUAGGUCUUGUUUUAUUAGACUGGUAAGUUAUCAAAAGUUGAGGGGGUUUUGUUUGGUUGGUUUUUUUUCUUGUGUGUGUGUUUUUUUUUUGUGAUUUCGUUUUUCAUGGCUGUGAAUCCUCAGAGUCUCACUCCUUUGGGGGAUAAGUUUAAUGACGUUAAAUAAUAAAGCAAAGUGGUUGGGCUACUAGAAGAUGAAAAGGAGGAAUAUUUAAUUAUGCUGAUUUUGAAGUGUUAGUUUAGCAAAAAUGAAAAUAUUACAUCAGUAAUGGGAACCCUGGCUUUGCUAGAUUAUUCUGAAUAGUAGAAAGAUGCUGAUCAUGUUGAACUGAGCUAAUAUUUUCCUCUUUCUUGGUUAACCAACAAGUACAAUAAAAA